CGGACACUUGCAGCUCAUAACCGGACCUUGUCUAAGAAGAGGUAGUCGACAUGGGAGGAAACAACUCCAAGCCUAAAACCACUAGUGCAGCCCCCAAAUUCACCACAGCCCCUGUGACUACUUCUACGCCCUGCCCAGACACGACCACUUCUAGGAGGCCAGAGUGCCGCCCCAAUGUAGAACACCUGCUCUUAGCCUUUUUUGCUGGGGUCCUACUGACGCUGCUGCUGGUGGCCCUCGUCUUCCUCAUCAUAAGGAGCUGCAGAAAACGUCACUUCAGUGCCCAGGCCCUGGAACCCCUCUCAGAUCCCCACUUAGCCAAGAGGAUGAGCUUACCUAAGCCAGCAUGUCACCCCCAGCUGUCACCCCCAGAGGAUGAGCUUACCUACGCCAGCAUGACCUUCAAAAUCCAGGAAGGGAAGAGCGCUUCGUCAUCCAUGUACCAUUCUGCAUCCUCGGACCCCUCAAUCUAUGCUCAAAUUAAAGCGACAGACUCGCCCCACCUUGCCAAGAAGACCUGAACACACUCCUGUCCGCUUUGUUUCAUGUAGCAAGUUGCCGCUGGACUUUUCUGGAGCACAGAGCUGUGAACCGACCGCCGCAGUUGCUUGGGUGUGAGCUGGCCGUGUUAGCCAGCAGUUUGCAAGACCAAGAGCCAGUCGCUUUCCUGACCCUCCCAUUGGACUGACAGUCUGUGAGCCCUUUGAGGGCAAGGACACACACUGACCACUGGCCGGAGAGCGAGUACGUACGUCCACUGUGGAAGGCGGUGGCCAAGACGUUUAACAUUCUCUUUAUCCUGCUUACAUGGAAAGUUGCCUAUGCGCUUUUAAUUGCAUUCGUUACGGUGCCUAAAACUUCAGUG